AUGGCAUCCAAGUUGCCUCAGGUCACCAUCAUAGGUGCAGGGCUCAGCGGUCUUGCUCUGGGAUUGAGCUUGCAAAGUAAAGGGAUCGCCUCGAUAUUGUACGAUCGAGCAACCUCUGCAUCACGCUACAAUUAUGGUAUCACGCUCUACCCAUCAACCUAUCGGCCUCUUUUGAGCCUCCUCGACAUGGAUGAGAGCUCGUUUCGAAGAACAUUGGCUGUCAACGCACAUGAGGGAGGGCUGGGGAGUCUGUCCACCAGCGAUGGCUUCCGGUGUCAUCGCGGCCGGCUUGAAGCGCUUCUUGGCCGCUCUCUUUCUAUACAAUGGGACAAGAAGCUUAAAGAGAUCAAUAUGGUUCCUGCCUCACGAGAUCUGAACGUCGUAUUCGAGGACGGCCAUCAGCACAAAACAACGUGUCUGGUUGGUUGCGAUGGGCCUCAUUCAAUAACCCGCCAGAGCCUGGCGGCGGGCAUUGAGCCAGAAGUCCUACCAUACGUGGUGUUCAACGGCAGGCGGCGAAUGUCGCCUGAAGAAUACGCGGCAAGAAUUCGCGAGUACAUGAAACACGGUGUCCAACUCCAGACACGCGUGGGCAAUGUUUUUCUGGAGAUAUCAGUAAACGACAUGAGCGAAUCCCGGGUCGAGCUGAGCUACGUCUACUCCCGCCCGGCCAGAGACAAUGGCCGCGAUGCCCUCCACCAUCCCGGACGGGCCACGUCGGGCGCGACCGACACACCCGAGGCGUUUUACGACGAGCUCAAGAGUCUUCAUCAGAGCCUCGCCCUGCCCUUUCGAGAUGUGUUUGACGCGGAUAGGGUCAAGAAGGACAGGACGCUUCACUGGCUUAUGCGCUGCCUGACCCCCGAGCCCAAGGUCGCACAGCAACUGUCGGAGCGCGGUGUGCUUCUGAUUGGCGAUGCUGUGCAUGCUACGCCGAUACUUGGCGGUGAGGGUGCGCAACUCGCGAUUCAGGAUGGACUGGAUUUGGCAGAAUACAUAUCCAACCAUGGCGUCGACAACCUGGGACAAUUUGCAAGCUCAAAGUAUGACGUGUGGCGGAGAUCAGUGGAGGACAGUAAGAAGAGGAUAGCCGAAUUGCAUGUAGUGGAUCCUUCUCGUGUUUAA